AUGUCUCGGGCGCAGGGAAGAGCAAACAGUGAACCAACAUUGGUUCAAGCGAAACAAGACACCGAUCUUAAUGGCCCUAACAACAACCCUAACAACCAUCACUCGGGUAUGUCUACAACCACAACCACAGACGACGAGGGCCAGGACAUGAUUGAGGAAGGUCUGCCGAUGAACCUGCCUUUAUCAUCCUUGGCUGGGCCUGCACUUGUGUCUGCACCUGAUCUAGACGGCCACACCCUGACAGAAGAAUUUGACUGGGGUGGCGGAGACGACGACGACGAUGAAGCCGAAAAAAAGAACCAAGAGGAAAAAAGGAACAAGCGAGCCCUGGCAACCCAAGGUGUGAUCAUCUGCCUGUCCAAAAAUGCAUCAUCAAUUGCCUGGUUCUGUAUCGUCUUGUUUGCUGCAAUUUUCAUUACAAUAGAUGUGUCGAUCUUUGUUGUCUAUCGCAACCAAAACAAGGAAUCCAUGGUGUCCUACAACCUCGAGAUCUGGUUUACAUGGAUCACUUUCAUGUGGUGCAUCGGGUUCUUGUCUCAGCUGGCCGUCGAGCUUCUUCCCUGGAUCAUCAAGAAGGGUGCGGCCUACAUACACCCCAACAAUAGCGAGGUUCUUCGCAUGCGAUUGUCGUAUUAUAUGGCUCUUCGUGGAUUCAUCAAGUUGUGGCUGAUCACCGCAUGGGGAUGGGGUUCCUGGGCAUUUAUUCAAGCACACAUACCUCUGCCAGGCACUAAUACGAUCCCGUCUUACCUUGGAAUUAUCUACAAUAUUCUAGAAUGCUGCUUCUUUGCUGCAUUUCUAUUAUUCAUCGAAAAGUUUAUUCUGCAACUCAUCGUUACCAGUUUCCACAAGAAAGCAUAUGGCGAUCGUAUCAAAACUAACGACAAAGCCCUCAAGAUUCUCGAUCGUCUCAAGAGAGUAAAACGAAAGACUCCCCAAGAAUUCCUGUUCAAACACAUCCGACGCAAACCAAAGACAGAUGGACAACAGAGUCGGGCAGCAUCACUUUAUGAUAUCCCAACCGAUCAUUCCCAACCACAACAACAACAGCAGCAGCAGCAGCAGAGGAUGGGGAAUGGUAGGUUUGACAAGGCAAAGAAAUCAAUCAUGACCACCGUGUCAUCCCGCGCAACAUCCAUGGACGAAAUCCCGAGGGGCAAUGUUCGGUUCCCUCCAGCUCAGAACAUGGAUACCCUUAUAGCCAUACCCCCAAUCGAAGAAAGAUUUCCAAACGAAGAUGUCAAGUCUGAUUUUUCAGAAAUUGAAAUGGAAAAAACCGAUAAUGUAGCACACAUAGAACAUCAACAGAAUCAACAACAAAGACCACCAUUAAGAACAUCAACCACAAUAGCAGAAAGUGGAAAUGAAAUAUACUCUGAUACCGAAAGACACCCAGAGAACGUAUUCACCAACCUGUCAAAGAAACUUCGGUUGAACAAACGGGACCAACACAACCAAAUGACCAUGUCUGAUGAAGACGGCAAUCCGAUCCGUCACCCCCGUCCACCUCCACUUACUCGUGAAUUCACCGGCUUCUCGAGAUUCAGCCACGACGACCGAUCUUUCUUUAACGGUGCCAAGGACUUUGGCUUGAGCACCGCAACUGCACCCGGACGACUGUUGAAGGGUGGCUACAAGAAGUUCCGGUCAACCCAGCCAUCCCAGACCCAGACAUCUUCUCAUCAGGCCAAGGCGCUCGCCAAACGGAUCUUCCAUAACCUGAUGGGCCCAGAUUCGGUGCGCCAGAGUGUAGUCGAGGCUGACAUGUAUCCGUUCUUCAGGACCCACGAAGAGGCCGCGGAUGCGUUUAGCUUGUUUGACACAGAUGGAAAUGGUGACAUCAGUAAACGGGAACUUCGGUCGGGUUGCAUCCGGAUCUACAAGGAGCGCAAGAAUCUUGCACGAUCAAUGCGAGAUUUGUCUCAGGCAACAGGAAAACUUGACCUGAUUCUUUUGGUUAUCUUUACAGCCAUCUGGGUUAUUAUUGUGUGUGCGUCAUUUGGUGUUAAUGUCGGUACAGAAUUAAUGCCACUCUGGACAGCAUUUAUUGCAUUCAGUUUUGUAUUUGGCAACAGUGCCAAAGAUGCAUUUGAAGCCAUCAUUUUUGUAUUUGUAACGCAUCCUUUUGAUGCUGGAGAUCGAGUCUUUAUUGGUUCAGAAAAUUGGGUGGUAAAUAACGUUGGUCUACUGGUGACAACGUUCAAUAAAUGGGAUGGUUCUAUUGUUUACGCCAAAAACUCUAUUCUGGCUACUCAAUACAUCAUCAAUUGUCGCCGUACAGGAAGAACCUGUGAAGGAAUCGAUAUUCACGUUCACUUUUCUACUCCGGGAUGGAAGAUCAAUCGUUUGAGAGACGAGAUGUUUGAGUGGAGUAACAAGUUUCCAAAGCUCUAUACUCCAGAUUCUACCUCUGCCAACAUCAUCUCAUUUGAGAACCUCAACCGAAUUACGAUAUCUUUUUACUUUGAACACACUCAGAACUGGCAAGAUGCCGGUGGUCGCUGGAUGAGACACAACAAUUACAUGAUGGAGCUCAAAGAAACCUGUGAACGACUCGGUAUUAGUUACACAAUGCCUAACCAGCCUGUCGAUCUCAAAAAGGAUGAGGUGCCACCAGAGUUGAACAACAUGGGUUCUAAGACAUCCUAUGGUCUGGAAGGUAUGCAGUUAAGGAGAGGAUACAAUUACAAAGAUGAUUGUGAAGAGUCAAGGUCUGGAGGAGGUGGCGGCGAAGGAACAGGUGUAUUUGCACCAAGUCACAGUGGCAAUGAUUCUGGUGCGGAUGCCGGUGCAGCUGGAGCUUUUAUGAUUGGAGCCUCUUUGUAAAAUAAUAAUAAAAAUAAUAACCU